GCUGAUACAACGCUGAACGGAGAUAACAUCCGAGCAUCACGUCAGCGCGCAGGAGGAUCUGCUCAAAGCAGGAAGCCGCAUCACUCCACUCAUUCUCUAUUUUAAAAGCCAGACAGCAUUUUUGGUUUUUCUGUUUCUUUCCUCCCAUCAUUUAUCAUUACUGGUACAUCAUGCCUGUUAUCAGAACCAUCAGCAAGGUAGCCAAGCAGGCCCUGCUCAGCACCCCUGGGUGCGGCUGCCAGCCUCUAACGGUGGCUGUGCGUACCAUUAGCUUCUCCCCCCGGCAGGUCACAUCAGAUGCAAGCUUCCACUCUGUGUCUUUCUCAGAAACAGACCACCCUAAGGUGCUGAUCACAGGUGGCCUGGGGCAACUUGGAGUGGGCCUGGCCAAACUGCUGAGAAAGAGGUUUGGCAAGAACAAUGUCAUUCUUUCUGACAUCAGGAAACCUCCUAACAAUGUUUUUCACAAUGGUCCGUUUAUCUACUCAGACAUCCUAGACUACAAGAACUUGAGAGAAAUUGUGGUGAACAACCGCAUCACUUGGCUGGUUCACUACAGUGCCCUCCUCAGUGCAGUCGGAGAGGCUAACGUGGCCUUGGCACGUUCUGUAAACAUCACUGGGCUUCACAAUAUCCUGGACAUUGCAGCAGAGCACGGCUUGCGACUGUUUGUCCCAAGCACCAUUGGGGCCUUUGGUCCCUCUUCGCCCCGUAACCCCACACCAGAUAUGUGUGUGCAGAGACCUCGCACUAUCUAUGGCGUGUCCAAAGUGCAUGCUGAGUUAAUGGGAGAGUAUUACCAUCACCGCUAUGGACUGGACUUCCGCUGUCUCCGUUACCCAGGAAUCAUAUCUGCAGACUCCAUGCCUGGGGGUGGCACAACAGACUAUGCAGUUCAGAUUUUUCAUGAUGCAAUCAAGACCGGCAAGUUUGAGUGCAACUUGAGACCCGACUCACGACUACCCAUGAUGUACAUCGAUGACUGCCUACGCGCCACUCUGGAGGUGAUGGAGACACCUGCUGACACGUUGAGCAUGAGGACGUACAACAUAAAUGCCAUGAGUUUCACACCUGAGGAGCUGGCCCAGGAGCUCAGGAAGCAGAUGCCAGAGUUGGAGGUCACAUACAACAUCGACCCUGUACGACAGGCAAUUGCUGAUAGCUGGCCCAUGAACUUUGAUGACUCCAAUGCACGAAAAGAUUGGGGCUGGAAACAUGACUACGAUCUCCCAGAGCUGGUCCAGACAAUGCUGACCUACUCUGGUGUGGAAACGUGCAUGGCUCACGCCAAUUAAGAUGCCAUGUUAGAGUAAAUUCUUUGUAUAUAAUGUAACAUUUUUACCAAAGGGAAUAGAGAAACUUGAUCUGUAUAUAAUUGUUCAAUCAAUUCUCUGAGCAAAAAAAAAAAAAACAAUUAAAAGGCUGUGCUCGUCUGCUACAUGGCUAACAUCUCUACAGAAUGUAAAGGUGCAGUGCAGGCAAGAGAAAACUUUCUGUUGAACAUCUUGUCCUGGUUUGUUUGCUUUUCCUAUUCUUAGACAUUUGGAUUAAAAGUGGAAGGGUGUAGUCUGAGGAAAUUGCAGAGAAUUUUGCAACAUUUUCUAAUAUUCUUGUUUUUACAAAAUUAUGGGAAAAUGUUGACUGUGCUUUUUGUCGGGAUCAAAGGUAUAUUCUUUUAUUGUGCAGGAAUGACAAUGCAUUUCAAAUUUGAGUUGUACUAGUUGUACUACCGCAUAUGGGGGAAAAAUAAUAAAUGAGCUUAAAGAGCUGGGGAGAUUGACUGAAACUUAUUAGUAAUUAGCUUAUUUUUCACAUUCUGUUAUUUAUUUUUUCCCUGUUAAAUAUAGGGAAGCUUUAUUGCCCCAAAGCAUUAGAUGCCCUCUUUGAGGUUUUCUUCAGUUUUUGUUAUUUAAUAUUUUUUCACCAGCGCCACCAUUAUUUUGAAAACGAAAAAUGAAAAAUGUGACUUCAUAUGUCACAUCUAUGUAUACAGAAGAGAUUAAUUAUUUCUGUGUGUAUUUGAGAGAGAUGCUGUGAGCUCUUUCAGUUAAGAAAUUUCCCAAUAAAUAUUUUCCAUAUA